UUGGGCUUCUACUGGUCGUUUAUCAGAUCUAGUAGUUCGUCAAGAAUUACCUAAUGAUAUGAAAUUACAUCUGGGUCCUCAUUUUGUUAAGAAAUUCUUUGAAAAAGAGCGACAUCAAUCAUGGCAUUUCUUAACUUCCUUAGAAUUCGAUUUUAUCGCAUUCUAUAAAAAUUUUUACGGAAUAACUUUUCCUGAGAUUAAUGCACCACCUAUACUUUAUCGAUUCAUCAGAGAUUUUAUGCUACCAGUUGAAACAUAUGUUAUCUCCAAGGAGUUGGCGCAAUUGAUCAAUUUAAAUCUUGAGAUAAAUCGAAAUCCUUCUCUUUCAUUGUUAGCUGUAAUAAUCGUGGUAAUAAAAAUGAUAUAUGGAUUGGAUGGGAAGAGAAGGGUACCGAAUGAUAGUGAUGAGUUUUUUCUGUACUUUCCUAAUUUUGAAGAUUGGAUAAAAAAAUUGAGCGAAAGACAAGAAAAACUUUUUUCAAAAGAAAUUCCUUUAGAUUUGAGUGAUUUGAAAGAAUGGAUUGAUAGCAAUCCGGAUAAAUAUAUAAAACAUUGUUCUGAUACAUUGGUUGGAAGAAAACGAUGGCCACAAAAACCUAAAGAUACACAGAAUUCUGCACACAUCAAUCGAGAGAAACGAAUUGAAGAAAUGGAGCAAGUAUCUAAGCCAUUUCGCGAGCUUUCGGAAACUGUCGUACCAGUAAUUGAAGAACAAGUGCGCAAAGAAAAAUUACAAAAUUUUCUAGAUACGACUGGAAACCAAUUAGGAUCUAUUCCAUGGACCCUUACAGUACAGGAGUUUUAUAAGAUGCAAAGGAAGAAAGAACUUGACAAAAAUAUUAUCAAAAAUUUCAAAAAUAGUGUCAAUGAUUUUAUUGAACCUAUUGAAAAGGAAAUUCAAGAUUUGAAUUUUUGCGUUGAAGUUCCGGACAAACAAACAGAUUCAGAAUCUUUAUUUUCAGAAGAUCCUUUGAGCAAUUUACGCAACAGAUAUUCGACAUUUCUAUAUAAGAAUAUUGAGAAUAAUAAUAGUGAUCAACCAAAUCUUACAUUUGGAGAAAAAUAUACCGCAUAUCAAAUUUUUCAAAAUCGCUCAGAGUCUGCUUUCUUUAAAAACGUUGAGCUAACUGGCAGUUUUCACGAAGAUUAUGAAAGAAUAUUAGUUUUUGCAUCAAAGAUGGUUAAUGCCACAAUGCAUGAUGUGCAACAAGCAGUGAUGAAAGUCGAG